ACGUCCUCUCCUUCUGUUUCUUGUCGUCUCCAGCAGUCAGAUAUCGCUGGAGGUCUUCCUCCACCUGCGAUAUAAAGGCACAGACUGCGCUCUCAUGGUCACCGCUGACGCUCACCCCGCUAACGCUCAGUCCUGUGCAGCCGGAGACUUCCGCAGCGCCUUCACCAAGCGUUAUCUGAAGGAGUUUGGAUUCACCAUCCCAGACAGACCCAUCAUGGUGGAUGACAUCAGAGUGAGGGGUUGUGGGAAAUCUGGGAUCAAAUCUGUGUAUAAAACCAAGACGGGGCGCGGACAGGCCAAACCAGUCACGAUGACCAAGUGUUACUUUGAGGAAGGGUACCUGGACACAGGUGUGUAUCUGUGGGAGGAGCUGCCGUCCGGUCACAGCAUCAAGGGGCCAGCCAUCAUCAUCGACAAAAACAGCACCAUCCUGGUGGAGCCGUGCUGUGAGGCCCGUCUGACAGCAGGGGGCGAUGUGUGCAUGACGGUGGGCUCGGACCCUCACUGCGCUCUGGGCACGGAGCUCAACACCGUGCAGCUCUCCAUCUUCUCUCACCGCUUCAUGAGCAUCGCAGAACAGAUGGGUAGGGUUCUCCAAAGAACCUCCAUCUCCACCAACAUCAAGGAGCGUCUGGACUUCUCCUGUGCCGUGUUCGGACCUGACGGAGGUUUGGUGUCCAACGCGCCCCACAUCCCAGUGCACCUGGGGGCCAUGCAGGAGACCGUCCAGUUCCAGAUCAGGUCUCUGGGGAACACUUUGAAAGAAGGCGAUGUGAUCCUGAGUAACCACCCGUGUGCGGGGGGGAGCCACCUCCCCGACCUCACAGUCAUCACACCAGUGUUCAGGAAGGGGGUGAGCAGUCCUGUGUUCUUCGUGGCCAGCAGGGGGCACCAUGCUGACAUCGGAGGCAUCACUCCAGGCUCCAUGCCCCCCCACUCCACCUCCCUUCAGCAGGAGGGGGCCGUCUUCAUCUCCUUCAAACUGGUCACUGGUGGGGUCUUCCAGGAAGAGGCUGUAACUGAAGCUCUGAUGGCUCCGGCCCAGUACCCAGAAUCCUCUGGGACUCGUAAUCUCCAUGACAACCUGUCAGACCUGCGGGCUCAGGUGGCAGCCAAUCGGAGAGGCAGCCAGCUGGUGGGGGAGUUGAUUGACAGCUACGGGUUAGCGGUGGUUCAGGCCUACAUGGGAUACAUCCAGAGUUAAUGCAGAGCUAGCGGUGAGGGACAUGCUCAGGAGACUGCUCGGCGCCGCCGGCAAGAAAACGGGCUCCUUAGAUGUGAGGCGGAGGAUUUCAUGACGACGGGACAGCGAUCAGGACUGAGAGUUCAGAUAAAUGAGACAGAGGUGAGCCAGAGAGC